AUGAAAAACUCCACGGACCAAACAGCACCGAUCGACGUCACUUUAAUUCUUUCUACUAAUAUUCUCUGUGCUAUUGUCGCUAAAAUUACCAUUCAAAUUGUUCACAUAACAAUUCCAACCCUACUUAUGGACUUUCGAAUUAUUCGUGAUUCUAAAGAAACAUUUUCAUGUCAAUUUAGCAAAAGUCAAAUGGACUUGGAGAUGGAGACCGUUCAGCGUCCAUGUGAUGAUCAAGAUCAUCCGACGGAAACAACUAACAUCAUACCAGCAUCCGAUAUAAUCGAAACAAGCCAUCAAACUGAUGAUAAUAAUAAAGACACAUAUGUAUUGGAAAAUCAGGAAAAAGAACAGAAACACCUGCGUUCAUGGAUAGAAUUCGGUAUAUUCGUCAUCGUUUCUAUGAUUAUCGGCGUAUUAGUAGUGUGUUUCACUAUACGAAAGUCAGAUGGUGCAUGUCAAUGGAAUUUUCGAUCAACAAUCAAAAGUUCACUUAUUCACAGUUCACACCCACAAGCACUAGCUGUCGGUGACUUUGAUAAUAAUCAACAGAUUGAUCUGGUAGUGGCCAAGUCAGGUACAAACACAAUUGUUGUUUUCCUUCUCGAUAUCAAUGCAACUAUCAACAGCCAACAAACAUAUUCCACAGGUGCACGUUCUCGACCAUGUUCUCUUGCUGUUGCUGAUUUCAAUGAAGAUGGUUAUACAGAUAUUGCCGUGGCGAAUAAUGGAACGAACAACAUUGGAAUAUUCUUUAAUAACCGAAAUGGAUCAUUUCUCACUCAACAAACUCUCUCCACUGGUUCUUAUCGACCAUCGUUUAUCACUAUUGCUGAUUUUAACCAUGAUAAUCAUUCGGAUAUUGCGGUUGUCUAUCAUGGGACUGAUAAUAUUGGUAUUCAUCUAGGAAAUGGAAAUGGAGUGUUUCAAAGUGUAACAGUCUACAGUACGGGCUACGAUUCAUUGCCAUGUUCAUUAGCAAUUGGCGAUUUGAAUGAUGAUAAUCAGUUGGACAUCGUCGUGGCAAAUUAUGGUACUAACAAUAUUGGUAUUUUCUUUGGAAAUGCAAAUGGAUCAUUUACAAGUCAACAGAUGUACUCGACUUCAUCGAAUUCUCAUCCAACAUCAGUUGCGCUUGCAGAUCUCAAUCAAGAUCGUCGACUAGAUAUUCUUGUGACACAUUAUGCCAUUGGUACUAUUGGAAUGUUUGUCAAUGAAGGAAAUGCGACUUUUGCAAAACAGAUAAUCCGUACAUUGGAUUCCAAGUCUCGUCCACAAGUGAUUACAGUUGGAAAUGUUGAUUUGGAUGAAUAUGUCGAUGUCGUUGUUGUUGAUUCAGAAAAUGAUCGAAUCCAUGUUCUUCGAGGAUAUGGAAAUACAAGUUUUCAUUCAUUGACAACCUAUGAUUCGGUGAAAAAUGAUCGAAUCCAUGUUCUUCGAGGAUAUGGAAAUACAAGUUUUCAUUCAUUGACAACCUAUGAUUCGGUGAGUGGAUCACAUCCAUCAUUUGCUGUGAUUGUCGAUAUUGAUAAAGAUAAUCAAUCUGAUCUGAUUGUCACUAAUUAUGGUACUAACAAUGUAGCGAUAUUAUCUGGGUAUUCGAGUGAGCCAGCUGUGAGACAAACCCAGUAUCUUAUAGGACGAAGUUCUCGCCCAUCAUCAAUUGUUGUUUCUGAUUUCGAUAAAGACGGUCACCUAGAUGCAGCUGUGAAUAACUUGAACAAAGCUUAUGUACUUCUUCUAAAUAGUCUCGAUAACACGAAGUUAACUGCUGGAGAAUCGUAUGGAACUGGAAAUCAAUCGAGUCCAAAAUAUAUAAGCCUUGGCGAUCUAAACAACGAUGAUCGAACGGAUAUGAUAGUAGCUAAUAUAGGAAGUUCAUCUGUUGGAAUCUUUUUCAGUGACGAGAAUGGAACAUUUGCGCCUAUGAUAUCUUACCCAACGGGUGUUGGGACUAAACCAUGGUUUACUUCUAUUGGCGAUUUGAACAACGAUUAUUAUUUAGAUAUUGUAUCUGCAAACACGGUUUCCAAUGAUAUAACUAUACUUAUGAACGAUGGCAACGGGAACUUCAGUAAUAACAUAAGAUAUUCGACUGGUAUUAAUUCGAAACCUCAAUCAAUUACUACCGCAUAUCUGAAUAAUGACAACUAUCUCGAUAUAAUCUUCAGUGUGUCAUUGAAGAAUUCGCCAAUCGGUGUUAUCUUAGGUAAUGGUAAUGGUAGUUUUGGAGUCAUGAGUACAUAUUCAGGUGUUUGCGACAGUUUUUCUAUGACGAUCGUUGUUGUCGAUAUAAAUCAAGACAAUUGUCUGGAUGUGAUUAUUACUUGUGAAGAUGCUGGUACUGUACUUGUUUAUCGUGGGAUGUGUGACGGCACUUUCCAACCAGCUGUAUCACUUGCAAUCGGAUCUGGUACAUCUCCAUACUAUGUCAUUGUUGUUGACUUGAAUAAUGAUCAACAUCUUGAUAUGGCCGUUACUUGUUUUCAAACAAGUGAGGUAGUCAUUCUCUAUGGUGACACUACUGGAAAUUUUAUUUUGUCACGAAGAUAUUCAACGGGUGCUGGUUCAAACCCAUGGGCUCUCACUGCUGUAGAUCUCGACAACGAUGAUGAUCCAGAAUACCUAGUCACCUAUUGGGGCACCGGGUAUCUGGCAGUUCUAACUGAAUAUUAUGCUGCACAGUUUUCCAAACAAAUUUCGUUCAGCACUGGAUCUGCUCCACAUCCCUAUUCAUUAGCAACUGCUGAUUUCAACAACGACAAUCAAUCAGAUGUGGUCAUUGCCAAUUCAAAUACAGAUGAUAUUAAGGUCAUGUUUGGUCUCAAUAAUGGACUGUUUACUACUCCAAUAACUUAUUCGAUUGGCAUUCAUAGUUCGCCACAAUAUGUUCUCACUAGUGACAUAGACAAAGACAAUCACGUAGAUAUUGUCACCGUGAAUUCAAAAGAAAACACGCUGAGUGUGAUUAUGAAUUACGGCAAUGGAACUUUUGCUGAACAGAAGAAGUAUUCGACGGGAUCUGAUUCAUCACCGUCAAGUGUCGCUAUGGGUGAUCUUAACAAUGAUCAGCGAAACGAUCUUGUUAUUACAAAUCAACAAGGUGAUAAUAUUGGUAUUUUUAUUGGGUAUGAUUAUACUUCGUUUCAAAGUCAAAUAACAUACUCCGCUGGAAAUGCUCAAGGAUUGAAUGCUGUUACAGUUAGUGAUUUCAAUAACGACACUAAUGUAGAUAUCGCUGCAGUGUAUCAGAUGAAUUAUCAGUUGGGUAUAUUUCUUGGUGAUGGAAAUGGAAAUUUCACUCUACUCGCACUCUAUCCAACAGGAGACAAUUCAAUUCCAAGGGGACUCGUUGUUGACGAUUUUAAUAAAGAUAAUAGUGCUGACAUUGCCGUUGCUUACUUUGGAAGUAGUGCUAUAGGAAUCUUUAUUGGAUAUGGUAAUGGAAGUUUUUCUAAUCAGGUUACAGUUUCGAUAGGAACGAAUACUGGUCCACGUAGUUUGGCUGUUGGAGAUCUCAACAACGACAAUCAAACAGAUAUUGUUUCGAUUAACGUGUAUACUAAUAGUAUAAGUAUUCUUAUCGGAGACGGUACGGGCAAUUUUACUCUUCUGGAAACAUAUGCACUGGAAACUUUAGCAGACUUAUAUGGGCCAGUUAUGGGUGAUUUAAAUGAUGAUGAACGAAUCGAUAUCGUUAUAUGUAAUUAUUUUACUGAUACUGUGAUCGUUUUUCUGGGAUAUGGUAACGGAAGUUUUCGUGACCAUACUCUGUAUUUAGUAGGCUAUCGUUUCGGACCAGGCUCAAUAGUGAUCGGCGACUUUAACAACGAUAGUCGAUUGGAUAUUGCUGUUGCCAAUUAUAAUAUCAAUAGUGUUGGCAUUCUUCUUGGGAAAGGAGAUGGAACGUUAGGUGAUUGCACUACGUAUUCGACAGGCGAUGGUACUACACCCGUGAAUCAAAUUGUAGGUGACUUUAACAAUGACAAAGUCUUAGAUAUUGCUGUCGCUAACUAUGGAACAGGCACAAUUGUUAUUCUAUAUGGUUACGGUGAUGGCACGUUUUUAUUGGGUAUUCCCUACUCGACUGGCUCGGGAUCUGGACCGGCCUGGAUAGCUUCAGGUGACUUCAAUAAGGAUGGUCAACUAGACAUUACUGUAGCUAAUUCGAAUGCAAACAUCAUCGGUAUUUUCCUUGCAUGUGGUCGUGAGCCAUUUGCAAGUAUAACAGAGUAUUCAAUCGGCGACGGAUUACAACCAAAGUCUGUCGCUCUCUCCGAUCUCGAUCAUGAUGGUUGGCUAGAUAUUGUCAUUGCCAACUAUGGUGCUAAUAAUAUUGGAAUUUUGAUGGGACUAGGUGGCGCAACGUUCAGUCCGAUGGUGACAUACUCAACAGGCGUGGAUUCUUCCCCCUACUCUCUUGCUAUUGGUGACUUUAGUCGUGACAAUCAUUCAGAUAUCGUUGUUUCUAACUGGGAAAGUGAUAACAUUGCCAUUUUCUAUGGUAAUGGUAAUGGGACAUUUGUUCUUGCAGCAUUCUAUUCAACAGGUACUGGCUCUCAACCUUCCACAGUUACAAUUGGUGAUCUAAAUGGUGACUAUAACUUAGAUGUCGUCGUAGCGAAUUCAGGAACCAGCCAUAUCUUUAUGUUAUAUGGAUAUGGGAAUGGAACAUUUGGAGACGAAGUGUCGUAUCCACUAGGAUACGAAAGUGCUCCAUAUUCAGUAGCAUUAACUGAUUUAAACCAAGACAGAAAAAUAGAUAUGGUUGUUGCCUGUUAUGGCACGGACAAUAUCAAUGCACUAGUUAAAGUGUGUACUUGA